UAACAUGUUUAAGCUGUUUUUCCCCAAAGAAAUGUUUUAGUUGGAGAAAACAGAGUUCCCGAGAACCUCCCUGUGGGAAGCUGACAGAAAUAUCUUCUUGCUAAGAAUUCCUCCCUCUCACACCAAGCAGCUGCAAAUAUACACCUGGUCUCCGCUUCCACUUUUGUUUUCAGCUACAGUUUGUCAGCAGACUGUUUCAACCAUACAGAAAUACGAGCAGGACUGAUAUGGGCUUUACUCAAAGUUAAAAACUUUGAGCAAGCAGACCAUGUGCAAAGUACUGAAAUUAACCAAAGUGGUGGUCAGCCCCAGACUCUGGGCUGUGCUUGUUGUCAUCUGUACAUUUAUCUCCUUCAAGUUUUCUUGGAGAAUGACCUGGGAUGCCAAAGACAAGAGCCAAGCCUACAGCUUCCCUGCUGAGUUUAAGUGUCCGCUCUCUGUGCCUUCUCCCUCUCCUUCAUCUGGCUGGCCUUCUCCUUUGUCCAAGAAUGUGUACUUUGUGGAGACAUCAGAAGAAAUCAAACCUAGCUUCCUGUUUAUGUGCUCUGUUGAAUCAGCAGCCAGGUUUCACCCAGAAUCCAAAAUUAUUGUCCUUAUGAAGGGCUUAGCAAAGUACAAUAUUACUUUAGCAAAGCACUUGAACUUUCCCUUGUUCAGUUGCUUCACCAACAUCGAAAUCAAGCCUUUGGACAUGAAGGACCUUUUCUUGGAUACUCCCCUGGCUGACUGGUAUUUGCUUGCCCAACAGAGGAAGGGACCUUAUUUCUUGCCCAUUCUUUCUGACGCCUGCCGAAUAGCCAUCAUGUGGAAAUUUGGUGGAAUCUACUUAGACACAGAUUUCAUUGUUCUUAAGAGCUUGAGGAACCUCACCAAUGUGAUUGCUAUCCAGUCAAAACAUUUACUCAAUGGGGCUUUCCUGUCCUUUACACCAAGACACAAAUUCAUAGAGCUCUGUAUGAAGGACUUUGUGGAAAAUUACAACCGUUGGAUCUGGGGGCACCAAGGCCCACAGCUCUUCACCCGUGUUUUUAAGAAGUGGUGCUCCAACCACAGCCUCCAGAGCAGCAAAGGGUGUAGAGGCAUCACUCUUCUCCCACGAGAAACCUUUUAUCCCAUCCGCUGGCAGGAAUGGAGAAAGUAUUUUGAAGUGAUCAAAGCUUCAGAGCUUACUGAGCUAUUGAAAAAUACCUACGCAGCCCAUGUCUGGAAUAAGAUAAGCAAAGGAACACAACUUGAUAUCACCUCUAAAGCAUUACUAGCUCAGCUGAAAUUCCACUAUUGUCCUUCAACCUAUGGGCUAAUGAAGACCUAUCACUAAAGGGAGACAUUGUUGCAGACUUCUGCUACAGAUAAAGACACAAGUGAGCUCAACUUUUUUAGCAAUUUGGCUAUGUCUGUACUUGCAGAAGACAACGCUGCCACUAAGCAGUAGUGAUCAACCGAAGCUUUCAAAGAGCAAAAUCAGAAACCGUGACUCCUUAAGACAAAGCAAAUUUAUUUCAGCAGAAGCAUUUGUGUGUCUGAGCUUACUUUGUCAGAAGCAUAUGGCAUGGAAAAACCUUAAAGAUUUUGAUAAACAAAAUCAAGGAAGGGGAAGGGAAUAAGGGCAGGAGUUGCAGGAGAGAGAGACCUGUUGUAAAUUACUCAGGUGUGAGUUCUUGUGUAAGGGACUGGAAUUGACAUGGAAUGAUGUGAUUGCAGGCUCUCAUGGGGCACAGACAGCAAUGUCCGCUUUAGGGACAUUAAUAGGGUCUUCUUACUAUCAUGUUGUAACCAUUUAAGAGAAAUUAAAGGCCAUUUCCACACAUCCUUAAAGGGACGGCGCACUCACUGAACGCUGCUGGCUUUCCCCCUUCACUCCACACAUCUGCAAUUUCAAAAUGGUAGCAGGAUGUUCGGCUUUUGUUUUCUCAGCACCUUUUCUGGGAAGGUGCUCAAAAAACUGGAAGCCAAACAGACUGCUAUCAUUUUGAAAUCGGAGAAAAUGGGGAAAAGCCAGCAGCGUUCGGUGAGUGGGUCGUUCCCGUAAGGACGUGUGGAAAUGGCCAGAUUGUAUCAUACUGCAUCUCCCUCAAUUAGGUGUUGUUUACCCUAUUUUCUUACACUUGAUCACACUUCCUCUGUAUUCCAUAAGAGGCUGGAAUCUCUGCCAUCUCAUAGCAUUCAUUAUGUGUAUCAGCCACACACUUGAUGUCUUAAAGGUGCCUGUUAUGACCUGUACUUUCUUUGGGGUAGAUUUUUCUUUUAAUCUUCCCCUUACACCCUCUGGGUAGUCUGCUGCCACCAGGAAUAUAUUAUUCCAAAUUUUUUAUUCAAAUUCCCCUUUGCUAACGUGUUUAAGCGUCAGGCUCCUUCGUGGUUCUAUGUGGCCCUGAGGAUAGGAAUGGGAUAUAGCAAUGACGCUACACUGGGAUAUAACAAAACAAAAUAAAUGUUUAUUUUUCAGGAAGCGUAUUGGUUUCAUAAAAGUAGUUCUUAGUUCUUAAAGUUACUUCCUAUAAACUCAUUCACACAGAUCUCUUCUAAGGCUUCACACACAGUUAGCCUCCUUCACUAGACUCAAUAGUUCUCUCACAAAUACUUCAAAUAUAGGCAGCACACAGCUAGCCUCUCUUUCUCUGACUCUCAUUCACAGAAAAAUUAAACCUGCUCAGGCAGCACACAGCUGGCCUCUCUUUCCCUGACUGAGUGUCCUUUCACAAACAUGCUCAAUUCAGGCUCCACACAUGUUAUAUUUCUCUCAUAAACACUUCAACAUAUUCAGGCAGCACACAACUAGCCUGCUUUCUUCUGACUGAAAACUUUCUCACUACUCUCCAUCUCAAACUGCAUUCGUUCCCCCCACACUCUCAGUCAUCAAUCAAUCAUAUCACUCACUCAUCCCUCUCUCACCCCCACUCUUCACCUAGUGCAAACCAAGCAUUUAAAGACACAUGCAGCCAUUUACUUGGAAUCAUUACAGUGCCACUUGAUUUCUUCUUUAUUUCUGUACAACAAAAGCAUGGCUACCCUUUGAAAUUAUUUCUAAGAGUGGUUAACAAUUGUACUUUCCACCUUGUUCUGAAAUACAGAAUAUCCAUUCAAGUCCAUGGAACUGAGUUCUGUAAUAAUAAAAAAGAAGCUUGCAAGGUAAAACAAAACCAGUGGAGGGGGAAUCAAAGCUUGAGCAUAAACAUUUGCAAACUGUUGUAUGGACUUUGGUGUUGCGCUGGUGUUGUGUACUGGGCUGAGUUGGCCGAGCAAGGCCUCUAAAGUAGUUACUGUAUUGAUUGUAAUGCACUAUACUGUGUUGAGCUUAAGGUUCAGUCAAGGCUCCCAAUGCCUGCAUUCUCAUUGGUCCAUAAUCCCUGCAAUAUCACUGGUUACUUUCUCAAGGCAGCAGCCAAUCGGUUCUAUAUAAUAAAGACCAAUCCGUGGCCUGCCUACUUCAUACAUUGUAUAUUGUUUAUGCAAAUGAUGGUAUUGUAAAGUAUGUGUUCUCAUUGGCUAUCAGUUAUUCUUGGGGUGGAGCUGCUGUAUAUAUAUUGAGGGCUUCUCUUCAGUCUGUCUGUGUGUGUUCUGUUCCUGCUAAAUAAAGAGCUGUUGAAUUA